AAAUCCGAUAGACUUCUUAGAACGUAAAUUGAACCCAAAACGAUGAAAGAACAAACAACCUGUCCAAACCAACCACGCUACUGUUCCUAAUUAGAUGACCGUUCCUAAUACCUAGGCUUUCCUAUUUUUAUCAAUCUAAUACUGUAUUUUAAGAAAACCUGUUCGUCGAUUAUUGAGAAUUAUACCAAUCUUGUAAGCUACAUAAAGUUGCCACAUUGCAUAGAUAGUUGCCACUCAGCAUCAAGAAAUUCUUGUAAUAUCUGCAAUCCAUUUCAUCGGAGAGUCCCACUAAAGUAGCUAACGCGAGAUUCGCUUCCAAACUGAACAAUUCAUGUCAUCGGGAAAUAAGGCUGUUUUCUGUUUUGCGCAUUAAAAUGAGGGCUUCCAUUAACAGGCCGCCAACGCCCGACGCAGACGAUGACGGUGAAGCAGAACCCACCCUUCAGGAAAUCAUUAACAUCAAGCUGAUUGAAAGUGGAGAAAAGGAGAAGCUAAAAGAGUUACUAAGGGAGAGGCUUAUUGAAUGUGGGUGGAAGGAUGAAAUGAAGGCUCAAUGCAGGGCAUUUACAAGGAAAAAAGGAAGAAGCAAUGUCACUGUGGACGAGCUUGUGCAUGCAAUUACCCCAAAGGGUCGAUCCUCAGUUCCUGAUAGUGUAAAGGCUGAACUCUUGCAACGAAUUCACUCGUUCCUUAUGUCUGCUGCACUGUAAAGCUACUGAUUUACUCUCCAGCAUUUAUGAGAAGCAGCCAUGGAUACCAAACAGAUCUGUUUUAUGUAGUUACAUUUGAUGACCCAAACAAGAAGUGUAUCGUUGGGUGUCUUUAGCCCUGCAUCAAUUAUUCACUGACAGUUUAAAAUGCCUCAUUUGGUUAUUACAUACACAAUGUGUUCCAAACAUUUCAGAUUACGUGUAAAGACAUUUGUACCUAUUUAUAUCUGCUACUAGGAUUUUCAGAGUGUGCUGUUCACGGUGGAGAGUCUUCAAUGUCUGGAUGAGACAAAUGUAUCAAUAUGCUUGUGUAAAUAUAGGAAAACAAAUGCCCAUUCCUUGCUCAGAGUGGGUUAAUUGAAUUGUUUGGUACACAAAUGCCCAUUCCUUGCUCAGAGUGGGUUAAUUGAAUUGUUUGGUACCGAAAGAACCAAAGUGUUCACUCUAAAAUGGUAUUCAGACAAUUAUGAAUGUAAAGACAUUGUACAUUAGUUAGUAUCUGUUGCUUUGUAACAUUUUGUUUUGC